CGCCUCAGUGGGAGCAGAUAAUGUUAGCUAACAGCUGUUCCGAGCACCGGUGCGAGCUACAAAACCAGCUUUAACGCUAUCCCACGAAACCCGAGCGGCGCGGGCAUGCGCCGCUUUUAGGUCGUACUGUUUUCCUGACAUUUGCAUCGUUCUGUCCGGCCUCUCGUCCCUCGAGCUACGUAGCAGCUGUAAGAAAAUGUGAAGCAGAUAGCGUAUUUAGCUCGCUGUGGAGCUGAGCAUCGGCACCGGCUCAGAGGAGGGCUAACGUCACCAUUAUUACCAAGUUCAUUGUUCGCUAACCAUAACCAGGGCACGUAAAGCCAGUCUCCACAAGCAUCCUACGGAGAGAUGUACCAACUCCCGGUAAAUAAUCUUGCAAGGAUCCGGAGAGCAAGAAAACAAGUGAAAAAAGCCCUUGGCGAUAUUGGACUGGAAUACUGCAAAGAUGCAGCAGAGGAUUUCAAAGAGUUUUGCCCUAAUGAGCAGUUUGUAAAGGGCAGUCUUUGUCUUGAUAUCUGCUCUUGGGAUCCAUCAUACUCUAAAACACAGGAAUACAGGUCAAAGCCCUUUUGCUGCACAGAGUGCCCCUUUUCUUCCAAGCACUACUCGGGCUACAAGAAUCACUUUCGGAAUGUACACAGACAAAUAUUUGAGAGCAAAAUUUUGCUCAACUGUCCGUACUGCGCGUUCACCGCAAACAAGAGGACUUUGGAGACGCACAUUAAAAUAUUCCACAAACCCAAUUCGGUACGACCAAAUUAUCAGAGUUUACAGGGAACCGCACUUGGGACGAAUGACAAAAGCUGUCUCGAUAGAGCCAGGCAGGCAGAUGGUGUGGAGAAAGCGAUGUACUUCUGCAAAAGAUGCACGUUUCGGGACGCGCUCUAUAACAUCGUGAGAAGGCACAUUUACAGGGAACAUUUUCAGCAUAUUGUCACACCAUAUUUUGGAGUAGUUUCAGAGUCCUCUGUCAAAAAUGGCGCUAAUCCUGUCAAUGGCAACAACAUCCUCUGCAAACGCUGCCAAUUUUCCACCCGUAGCUAUGAGGCCCUGGUGCAGCACGUUAUAGAAUAUCAUGAGCGCAUUGGUGGUCAAGUAACCACCAUGAUUGGACAUGCUAAUAUUGUCGUGUCCAGGUCUCAGACUGUAACACCAACUCAGAAGGCCCCAUUGACUGUUAGCAGGGGCCAAGUAAUUAGAACUGCACCAUUAACACAGUCAGUAAUUGGCCACUUAAAGCCAGCAGCUCCUGUUGGUAAAAGGUGGCACCCAAUUGUAGCCAACCCCACCCGUGCUACAGUUCCUGCCAGCGCUGUACCUGAAGGCAAUGCUACUACUGUAAACACAUCUCAGACACAGAAGUGGAAAAUAUGUACAGUUUGCAAUGAGCUUUUUCCAGAAAACCUCUAUAAUGCUCAUUUUGAGAGUGCACAUAAGGCAAAGAAAGUGUGGGCAUUGGCCAAGUACAUCAUGAAAAUCCACAACUUCACCAGCAAAUGUUUGCUUUGCAAUCGCUAUCUUCCCAGUGAUACACUGCUUAAUCACAUGUUAAUUCAUGGGUUAACCUGUCCACAGUGCCACUCUGCUUUCCAUAAUGUUGAGAAGAUCCUGGAGCAUGUGGCACAAACUCACCCCAAUGAUUUUGUUGGACCCCCUGGUGCAUCACCACUAACCUUUGAUCUCACUGUUAAACAGGACAACUCCAGCAAUGUUCAGCUGGUUGUUCUCACCUUCAACAUGAAGGAAUCCAUUAAUGGUCAAGAUCAGUCUGAGUCUGCUCAGAAAAGUGUUUCAGCUCUGGUCAAACUAAGCCCUCCGAAAAUGAUAGAAAAGAAAAGUGAGACGCCUGUUAAAAGUUUCCCUUCGUCGUCUCAGAAGAGUGAAGUGGGGAAAACUCUGUGUCCGCUCUGUUUCAGCAUCCUCAAAGGUCCCAUCUCCGAUGCGUUGGCUAUGCAUCUCAGAGAACGACACCAGGUGAUCCAAACAAUGCAUCCUGUUGAGAAGAAAAUGACAUACAAGUGUAUCCAUUGCUUGGGAGUGUACACAAGUAACAUGGUUGCCUCCACAAUUACUUUGCAUCUUGUGCAAUGCAGAGCUGUUGGUAGGAACCAAGCAAGCCAAAGCUUCAGGUCUGCCUUAACCCUUAACUCGUCUGGGGCUGGCUUCCUCAAGAGACAGCCAUCACUGCAGACCACAUCCAACCCCAAGAGGAUUAAGCUGAGCAAGGACACUAAGAUUUCCUCCACCGCGGUUGUAAGUCAGUCUGAAUAUGAUGGACUUGCUCUCGAUCCGAGAAGCUUUGAGCACAAGACAUACGAGGCCAGAAAAAACUUCCUGACUGCCUAUUUUAACCGGCGACCGUACCUUUCUCAUCCAGAAGAGGAUAAGCUGUCCGCAAGUCUGUGGCUGUGGAAGUCUGACAUUUCUAGUCACUUUGCGACCAGGCAAAGGAUUUGUGAGAAACAUUGUGAGACCAGUCAAGCAUCUGUUCUACUUGGCUUCGACAUGCACGAACUUAAAAAGGUAAAACAUGACAUGAUCUUCGAAGAGAGCACCUCCGUGAGGAGGUUGGGGAGCCUCAAGUCUGGUACGCCUAACACGAAGCAAAACAAGCCGCGUGGGACACUAAACUGUACCUUCAAACUCAGUACAUGCACAGAGACUAUUUCUAUUGACUCAGAUAGUGAAUCGGAAACCGAGACUAGACCUACUGAGAAUGGAACUUUGGACACCAACCAACACAAGAGAGUCAUAACCCAGGAAGCAGUAAGCCUUGCAGAAGAGACACAACCCGGAGCAGAGGGACCUUCUAGAGAGAAGCAUAGUUCGCAAGAAGGGAACACAAAUACUUGGAUGACUUUCAGUUAGUCUCACUGUUUGAUCUUAUGCCUAAAUUACUGCUUCGAUUUUUAAAGGAGUGUAUUUAUUGUAUUUAUUUAUUGAGCUGAGUAUGUAUUUGGUCACAAGUCAUUGAUUAAUUUAACAUUCAAUUUCCAGGAAUUGCAGAGAAGGAAAAGAAGGAAAAAUUGUAGUGCAUAAUUGUGAGUGUCAUGUCAUUGUAUAUAUUUUAGCCAUUGUUCUUUGUUAGUCUCUUCAUUCAGUCUGUGACAAGGAUUGCGAUUAUGCCAAGUUUCUCAUUUAAUAGGGGUUUUUCUCAACUGUGACAUUAACUGUAUGAUAUUGUUAUUUCACAGUUAGGACAUCUAGAAUAUGAUAAUUGCUUAACACAAUUUAAUAAAAAUGUUUGUUUAAUAAAAAA